GAGCUGCCGGAUUUUUCAUUAUCAUGUACAGCAGCUAAAGAAGUUAUUGUAAUAUAUACACCCUGCUUUCUACAUAAAUAAAAAGGGCUAUAUGCUCCAAACAAUAAUUGUAUUUCAUCUGACUGUUCACAGUGAAAGUCUCAGCCUGUUGUAUCUGUGGAGCAUUUUCUUGAAAAGUUUCAAACUCUGUUGAAGAGGAAACAAGCACAGUAUGGAAGGAAGGAUGACUGCUCACAAUAUGACAGGGAUCAGCUACCCGAGUAAGAACUUGGCUUUCAACUCCACAGAAGAAAUUGAAGCCUUCAUAGCUUCUCAAAACAUCAUAUCAAGACUUAUGCACUGUUACAUCGCCUUUUUUGUACCAUCAGGAUUAAUAGCUGGCAUAUGUAUUUUGAUCAUUUUCAUAAAGAAUUAUUUGCAGUACAAAGUCAUAGAAAACUUAGACUUGCUUCUUCUACACUUCACCAUCAGCAACAUUAUAAUGAUUUUUUUAUCAUUUACUGUCAUUACAAGACCUGACUAUUUAAAUGCAACCCACCUCGCAUGUAACGUACUGUCAUUUUUUUUCAACUUCGGUUAUUUCAAUUCUCAGUAUGCUUUCAUUUUGACGCUACUCACACUAUUACUCAAGAGUUUUCCACCAACAACUGCUCUCAGCAAAGCAACCCAAAGACCCAUAUUGUGUGUUGGAUUUGUACUUAUAUGCGCCUUCUGUUUGUCACUGACCGCAGCAGUACUGGUCGGGGCAGAUAACUAUCACUUGGACACAGACUGCCAGUUAGAUCCAUUAUUUGCACGGCCUGAAUAUGAGAUUGUUAAAUUCACCUUUGGAUUUGGAAUCCCAUCAUUUCUUCAGAUACUCUGUUUCAUUGUUCUCUUUGCUAAAGAAGCACCUGCCUUAAAACAGCACAUUCGUACUUACCCUGCUGUGUAUAUUAUAAGCACAUCAAUAUUUAUAUGCCGCCUAUUUUAUAACGUUAUGAUUCUCUUCAGGACAACAUUCAAAUUACAGAAGAGCAUUGGAACUCCAAAGAAUGAGCUUGUGAUGAAUAUUGCAGAAAUAGUGUUGUUCUGCGAGAGCUGUGCUAGUUUGGUAUUUAUACUCUGUUUUCAUAAACCAUGCAAGGAUGAACUACUUAAAGUCAUACAGAACUGCCGAAGGAAAAACACUGCCAACAGUCACCUAGAAAUACCUACAACCCACGAAAGUGGGUCUCAGUAAUACUUGCUGUUCUGAAUAACUGUCCAUCCACUUUACUUUUUUGUUUGAGGGUUUUUAACUUCUUCAAAAAAAGGAUAAUUGUUCCUUCUUUAGAACCCAAACUUGGAGUAUCUUACAGCUAGCAGUACUGGAAGGAAAAAAAAAAAAAAAAGAUACUUAGUUCUAGUGUUUGCAGUGAUCUAUGAGAAAACAUGUAGGGUCUGGAGUUGUUGGGGUUGGGGUUUUCUUAUUUUUUUUUUUAAUUGCCUAUUUUCUGCA